AUGGCACUGGACAACACUGCACCUUCCCAUUUGGGGGAUUCACGCUUCGGGAGUAUCGACGAAGACGUUCCAACAAGGUGGCCGGGCAGGCGGCCGCCGGCAGGCCGCCGCCCGCACAGGCGUGGCCAGCAGCAGCAUCAUCCCGCGAAGCCCGGUCCCAGCCCGUAUCUGAAAGAAAAAAUCGAUGAUUUUGAGGGUGUGGAGACCGAUUUAAAGGCAAGCAUCAAGGAUUUGAGGAGAGUGCUCGACGAGAGGGGCGAGAUGUUGAAUUUCAUGAGCAAAGGCGGUUGUGAAGCGGCAACAACGGCAACAUCAGUGGUGGGAAAAGCUAUGGUGGCGUGGAAUUGA